AUGGCAGACGGAGUUGUCACCCAAGCCUUCUCCUUGGUGGGAUGGGCAUUUCUACCAAAUUAUGCAAGUGCCAUCCUACAGGGAUUCUAUUAUCGGCUCACCAUUCGAGCUGGUCAGCGACACCCUCAGCCUGGUGAACCCCUCUAUGCCCAGCACAAUCGACGCAUCCGCAAGCUCGUCCUGAGCCUCUACUUGGUUUACACCCUCACACAAGCAUUAUAUGAUAUCAAGUUGUCGGCUGAUUUCUACACGAUACUCGGAGUGACACCAUGGACCAGUGAAAGGGAGGUGCGCAGUCGCUUCCGGCGAUUGGCAGCAAAAUAUCAUCCGGAUAAGUUGCAUGAGAAUGGCCAGUCAUUUCCUGGUGCAGGAGACGUCUUUGUGCACUAUAAACUUGCACAUGACACCAUCCUCGAUCCCAUCAAACGCUUUGCAUACGAAAGAUUUGGACCGAGCAUUGUGCAACUUCAACAUCCCGGGUUGAGGACGAUUCGAGAUUAUGUCUAUGUUGGCCUUCGAUCGAAAAUCCCGGAAUAUGUCAUGAGCGCGGUAUCCUUGAUUGUACUGAACUACUUUUGGCUCCCUAAUUGGGGCCAAUUCUGGAGGUACUUCGCUGUGGCCUGCAUGGCAUUUCUGGAGUUGUACUUCCUUACUCAUGCUUGGGAGCCUCCGAACUUGGUCCUAUUGUGGGCAUCGCUGGCAAGGAAAACGUUUCCACAAUUGUUCCCACCGCACCUUUUGCCAUUUCAAAUUCUCGGUUUGGCAAGGCGGAUGUCAAUGUCCCUGAACAUUUUUAUCUCACAACUUGCUCCCCCCUCGGCACGGGACCCUGCAGCCAAAGAGUUACAAACGCAGCAGCAGGUGGCACACCUUGCCCAUGUGGCAGGUAGACUAGACAACGAGUCUGCUAGUCUUUUACAGUUGGGCCUAAACCCCUUCAAGGAUAACCAGGAGAAGAGUGAGAUUUUGAGAUCAGGAAUGAAGGACUCAUUGCUCACGGGGGCGUUGCGGAAGAACCCUGAAGUCAGAGAGGCAGUGCGGCGAGCGUUGGCUCGACGAACGGGUGGCGCGACGGUGCAGCAACUGACAUGA